AUGCCGGGUCGCCCACCCAAGCGACCGGCAGAAGCUGGCGAUGCUGCUGCUGCCUCCGAGGUCGAUGUCGCACCCACACCUGCGGCCAAGGUGAAGCUGCCGCGACUCGACAAAGGCGGCCAGGAGGACUUCUCGUCCGUCGUCAAGAAUCGCCUGUCGUCCUACACGAGGACCGGUCAGGCCUGCGACAGAUGCAAGGUCAGAAAGAUCCGAUGCGAUGCCCUCCCCGAAGGAUGCUCCCACUGCAUCAGCCAAAACCUCGACUGCUUCGUCACCGAUCGCGUCACCGGCCGAACCGAAAGGAGGGGCUACCUUCAGGAGCUCGAGAGGGAAAAGACUGACAUGAUGAACCACGUCCGCGAACUGGAGAAGCUGCUCGAGAACAAUGGCAUCGAGGUCAAGCCUUACCAAUGGUCCCCCUAUGGCAUCAACUACCCGCCCCCUGGCGUAACUUACGACCAUAUGGGCAAUCCCGUCGAAGAUCCCAAUGAGAAGGAUGCUUGGACCAAGGUCGGUUCCGUCUGGGUCAAGAACUACAACUACAAGCCCGCCAGCGGUCGCUCGUUCCCUCGAUCGACCCUCGAGUCGCGUCCGGUCCAUAAUCAUCUGGGCGUUGGCUCCGACAGCGCGCCUCUCAGUUCAAUCAAAGGCACCCAGCUGUCCAUUCUGGGUACAACGAUAGACGUCACGUCCUUUGACGCCCCCGAUAUCGACGAGCCGAUACCAGACGCCAAGGAAUCACAACCCCUGUACAACAAGUCUUUACAAUCAUUCCUCCAAUCGUGCAUGAAUAUCAAUCCCACAGUCAACAUUGAACUUCCCUCAAGGAGCGAUGCCUUCACUUACUCGGAAUGGUAUUUCCUCAUGAUAUGGCCUUUCUUGCCAGUCUUGCACAAGCCUAGCUUCAUGAACAUCCUUACACGUAUGUACGACGAACCCGGCUUCGAACCUAGUGUGCCUGAUCAGGUCAUGGUACACAUGGUUUUUGCGACAAUUUAUUUCCAAUACGGCGUGCGGAACUGGGAGCAGCAAGAAACCCGUUCGCAACUCAACGAGCUGUCUAACAAGCACUACCACUUUGCUCUGAGCAAAAUGUUCGACUUGGCGUCCUCACAGUCAGUAGCGGCCGUUCAAGCCAUGGCCAUGAUUUGCGCCCACAGUCGCAGCUUUCCCAAACCAGGGUGCGGCUCCAUGAUCACAAACUUUGCUUUCCAUCGCGCCAUAGACUUGAAUAUGCAUCGCGCCAUGAAGGGACCAGGGGAAACGACCAAUCUAGAGAAUGAGAUACGCAAGCGGACUUGGUGGACUAUACUCCUCGUCUCUGUCACUCUAAAUGGGCGCCUUGGACGGCCCAUGCCUAUUACUGUCGAGGAGUAUGACGUCGAAUUUCCGGAGCCCAUCGCCGAUGAAGCCUUGACGCCAGACGGUGUUGACCCGUCAGUGACGAGCCCAUGUACAUACCACGUGGGGCUGGCGGGCUUCAAGAUUCUGCCUCUCUUCAUGGAGAUGUAUUCCAACAUCUACAGCGUCAAGCGCGACCCCAAAAACUACAUUGAUGUUGUCAACUCUCUAGAAGAGCAGCUUCGUCUCUGGAAGGAAAACCUGCCCGAAUCGCUACAGAUCAGCCCUGGGCAACCUGAACAUGAGGGCCGUAUGUACGCCUUGUACAUACAGAUGUAUGCCCUCGAGCUCCGGCUGUGUUUACGUCAUCCAUCCGUGGCCAUGACUAGCGAUCGGAAGAUGCUCCUCGAGAACGCGCGUAUAUGCGAAGAGACUGCUGCGCAUAUGCUCAAUGCCGUUAAGAGCCUCGUGAAGCUGAAGUCUCUCGACACGACGUGGUACCAGAUGGCAGUUUACGGUGCCGCCAUUUUCACCACUUUGGUUGCUCACUGGGAACGGAGGUUCGAAGCAACGUCCAAUCAGAUUGCAAACCUUCGGGAGGAAAUGAAGGAUUGGAUGGAGAUUAUCAAUGCGACUGUUUCGUUGCUAGGGACUGGCACUCGUAUCAGCAACGAAAUCAGCGUCAUUAUUGAGAGGACAAUCAGUUGGAUUGAACACGAUCAGAAACAAAAAGAUUCACCGCUUCCCCCAACGAUCAAGACGGACCCAUCGACGACAGAGGCGUCCCCCUUUCAGCUUACGUCGCAACCUCAAGCAGCACAGGCACUCGCUGUCAGUGCCGACGAGGCGGCUACGAAGGCCUUUUACCCAGAUUCGGAAAACCAGAAUGGGACCACGCCAUACCCCUCGCUGGCUUAUGCUGAGCAGCCACCAAACACGAACGCGGUGGCGUCAACUAGUAGCUUUGAGGUGAAUAACGGAUACUCAUACACGCCUGCAGCAGCGCAGACCACGAGCGGUGAUGACAACACGGCUGAGACCAACCCACUGAUUGCGUUUGCAUCCCAAGCCACUCAACACGUCGCAGACCCUGCUGGCUCUGCGGCGGCGGCGGAGCUCCUCUGGAGACAGUCAGCGUCUCAAGGAAAUACCUGGCACGACUGGACAGCGGCAAUGGCGGACAGCCAAGACAGAUAUAGCGCCAAUGCUCUGUUGACCUUGGGCGGUGCAUCUAGGGACCCGACUGCAGUGACUGAGGCGGCGACGGUGGCCGACAUCGCCGCUGCCACAGCUCCCGUUGGCCAAUGGCCACUCAUUAUCUUUGAUGGUGCGGGAGCACCUGGAGGACAGUAG